UAUUCGAGUGAUAACAUUUGUCGACAACGAGUAUAGCAAAGUCUUCAUUAUCUUUUGUGAAUAAGAAAUAACAACGACGAAUUGAGUUUACUUUAUUCAGUUUGUGAUUUUCAAGUUUGUGAAACAUAUUAACUAAAAUUUGAGUGACAAUGAAUAAAAGCAAAUUAAAUCUGAGUGGCAUAAUUGUAGCAAUUGCGACACCAUUUCAAAAUAAUCCGCAACAAUCUGUUAAUUACGAUAAACUCACGGAAAAUGUUGCUCAAUGGGAGAAAAUACCUUUCGCAGGAUAUUGUAUUGGCGGAUCUUACGGAGAAUGGCCCUUCUUGACCAAUGAUGAAAAAAUUCAGAUUCUGAAGACCGUCAAAUCGUUGGCUCAUCCUUCGAAAUUUGUAAUGGCUGGAACUACAAGCGAAUCUACAAAGCAAAGUCUCGAUCUCAGCUUGGCUGUAGCUGAAGCUGGAGCUGAUGCGAUCCUGCUUCAAGCACCCCACUAUUUUAGGUCGCGAAUGACGCAAAACAGCAUCGUGGAACAUUUCACAACAAUUGCCGAUGUCAUACCCAUACCUGUGGUAAUAUAUAAUAACCCUGGUACUACUGGAAUCGAUAUAGGGGUGGAUACAAUCGAUAUAUUAUCUAAUCAUCCGAACAUUAUUGGUGUUAAGGAUGGAAAUGCGUUCAAGCUCGGUGCUAUCGUCGAAAAAACCAAGAACAAGGAAUUUCAGGUAUUGGCUUCAUCUGCCGGUGAUCUUUUGCCAGCUUUGCUUAUGGGUUGCUGUGGGGGAAUGAGUGGUCUAGCAGGCAUAUUAGGAGGUCCUAUAUGUGAAAUGUUUACCCUAGCUCAGGCCAAUGAAUGGCGUAAGGCGGCAGAAAUCGAAAAACGACUCGUUUUACCAGAUUUCUUGCUUCUGAAAGAGUACGGACCACCAGCUUUAAAAGCUGCUAUGGAUAUGUUGGGAUACUAUGGAGGUUCGUGUCGCAAGCCCUUGCUUCCAUUGGAUCCCGAAGUGAUAUCGAAUAUUCGACAAGUUCUGCAGACGAACGGCCAUCUGUAAUUAUACGAACCGAUGGUUCAGAAUUCGUCAUAUUAAAUAAAAUUUAUGAAGAAUUA